CGCAUGCGCCUUUGCGUUCGUUAAGGGUCGUAGUAGAUGAACAACUGUCAAUUUUCAACAAUAAUUAUUAAAUAUAAUAUACAAUUAAGUGUUAUUGUUAAUAUAGAAAUAACUUAGAAUUUAUAAUUUUAAAUUUAAAAAUGUUAGCCCUACAAGGUUAUGGUAGUAGUGACGAAGAGGGUGAUAAAACUAGUGAAAUUAGUGGAAAUUUAGAAAAAAGUGAGGUUAGGACUGACAACUCAACAAAUAAUUCUUCAAUUCCAUUCUCAUCUACUGGAUCUUCUUUAUUGUCAUUAGGAUUGCAAAUUUGUUCAGCACCCGAUGUUGUUCCAACGGGCUCAGAAUUAUGUUUACGGCAUAUAGAUUCAACCGCGAAAGAAGUGAUGCACAAUCCAAAAUACGAGGAACUUUUUGCACCUGAUAUUGGACCGGAAAAUCCUUUUAAAACACAACAACAACGUGCCAUGAAAAAUACCCUCUCUGGUUACGUUGAGAAAGCACAUUUCUCGGAUUUUCAAUUUGAAAAUCAACGUCGAACGUUCACUAGCUAUGGAUACGCAUUGGAUCCGACUGCCGAUGGAAGUGUUGACGAAGGAAAAGUUUUUAUUGGCGCCAAAGAGGCGGCCGAGGAAAGUGGUGCAAAAACUGUAUUUGAAACAACAACAUUGAGACCCGCGGAUAAGAGGAAACGAAAGAAGAAUGAUGAUCCAGCGGAUAUUGAAGGAUUUUUGGGUCCUUGGGGUGGUUACGUGGAUGAGAAAAGAAUUAUUAAACCAACAGAGGAGGAAGCCGCUGAAUUGGAAGAAAUUCUCGCUAAACGUAAUAAGAGAGGAAAGGAAACAACCGAAACACCAAUUGAAGAACGAACAGUACUUCAUAUCAAAGAUACAACAGAUUAUCAAGGACGAUCAUAUUUACAUGCACCUCAAGAUGUUGGUGUGAAUUUAAGAUCAGAUUCACCACCGGAACGUUGCUUUUUGCCUAAAGCACAAAUUCACACAUGGGAAGGACAUACAAAAGGUAUCUCGCAAAUUCGAUGGUUCCCACGCACUGCUCAUUUACUACUUUCAUGUAGUAUGGAUAAUAGAGUUAAGCUUUGGGAAGUUUAUAAUCAAAGAAGAUGUAUUCGAACGUACUAUGGACAUCGACAAGCUGUGCGUGAUAUUAGUUUUGAUAAUGAUGGCAAAAGAUUUCUUUCAGCGGGUUACGAUCGUUAUGUAAAAUUAUGGGACACAGAAACUGGCGCAUGUUUGAGUAAAUUUACCAGUCGCAAAGUACCGUAUUGCGUUAAAUUCAAUCCCGAUUCUGAUAAACAACAGUUAUUUGUCGCUGGAACAAGUGACAAGAAGAUUAUUUGCUGGGAUAUAAGAUCGGGAGAAAUAACACAAGAAUACGAUAGACAUUUGGGAGCUGUUAAUACAAUAACAUUUGUUGAUGAAAAUAGAAGAUUUGUCACUACUUCGGACGAUAAAAGUCUUCGUGUUUGGGAAUGGGACAUUCCAGUGGACAUGAAAUACAUUGCGGAUCCAACAAUGCAUUCUAUGCCUGCUGUAACACCAUCACCAAAUCAAAAGUGGUUAGCAUGUCAAAGCAUGGAUAAUAAAAUUGUCAUAUUUUCCGCGCUCAAUAGGUUUAAAAUGAAUCGAAAGAAAACAUUCACUGGUCACAUGGUUGCUGGUUAUGCUUGUGGCUUGGAUUUCUCACCCGACAUGAGCUAUCUUGUGUCAGGUGAUGGAGAUGGAAAAUGCUACGUUUGGGAUUGGAAAACAACGAAAUUAUAUAAAAAAUGGAAAGCUCAUGAUGGAGUUUGUAUUUCUGCCAUGUGGCAUCCUCAUGAACCGUCAAAACUCGCGACCGCCGGUUGGGAUGGGAAAAUCAAAUACUGGGAUUAGAAAAAUAAUUUUUUUUUUCUAAUUGUGCAUAGUGUAAAUAUAAAUAAUUUUUUUACUGCGGUAAAUUAGAAUUUAUUUCUUAUUUAAAAAAAAAGAAAAUUUCUUUUUUGUACUUACGCCUUAAGUAUAUAGAAAAAUAAUUAAGUUAUAGAACAAAGAAUUAAUUUUUGAAUCAAAGCAGAAGAUUUAUUAAAAAAAUAAUUUUUCUUUUUAUAAAACAAGAUAAAAGAAAUAAAAUACAAUUAGAAAAUAAAACUUACAAUAAAAAGAAGGAAAUAAAAAUUGUAAUUUGAAAAAAAUUAUAUUUUUAAUAAUCAAUCAAAAUAAAAGAAACGAGAAAUGAUAUUGAAGAAAAAUAUUGUGUCUUUAUCAAUUUUUUCCUAUAGUUUUCCCGGGAAGAGCGCGCGCUUGUUCCGUCAACAGGAAUCAAAUGAAAGCAACGCCAUAUGUAUAGGAAAAGUGAAAAAUCAAUAAUGUGCGCCGUUAAGUCUGAGUACUGUUCGUACCUUAUUGUAAGAGUGCACAUUAGUUUAGUUUAUACACAAGGGAAGUUCUAGUAAAUAAAAUUAAAAAAAAAAGGAAACAAAAUAAGAAAAAAAACAAAAUUUUUUCAAUUAUUAUUAAGUCACCGAUAUUAAGAUAUGUUAAUUUUUCCACAAUUUUUUCAUCAAUUCUUGUGUUUUCCAAAAAAAUAGAUAAACAAUCAAUUUAAAAAAAAGAAAGAAAACAGUGCCAAGGACAAUUUAUAGAACAGG